AUGUGCUCGCCUCUGUUCUUCGUUCUAUUUGUUUUAGGGAUUGAAAACUUCUGUUUAACAGUUCAAGUUCAUGACCAUGACUGUCCCCAUCCAUGCGUAGUGAAUGGUCAUCAUUUCUGCAACCCUCCGCCCUGCCCCCCUCCAGCCUGUCAGGACCCCGUGUACGCCCCGGGACAAUGCUGCACCGUCUGUCCAGAUGAUUGUCCACACGGAACCUGUAGGGUAGGAAACAGGACUAUGUGUUACCCCGUUCCCUGCCCUCUCCCCCCUUGUGAGAACCCUGUCAACACCCCCGGUGACUGUUGUCCACAUUGUCCAAAAGACUGCCCUCAUCCCUGUGUCGCCGGAGGGAAAACCUACUGCCACCCAGUACCCUGUCCCCACCCUCCAUGUGAUAACCCUGUGACCACCCCAGGGGACUGUUGCCCUCACUGUCCGGAUACUCUGUAGAUGUAUGUCAAUAAACAAAGAUCAGCGUCUGAA